CUUCGUUCUAUAACCACUACUUACACACUAUUCCAUAAUGUUCAAGCUUGCAGCCCUCGCCGCCCUCAUCCCUCUCGCUUUUGCCGCUCCUACCGGUGAACUCUCCAAACGCGAUGAUUCGACCCACCUGAACUGUGUCCGAUACCAAUACUCCGGCCCAUUCACAUCCACCGGUUUCAACGGCCAAAUCCAUUUCUACUCCAACGUCACCUCCUUCGACUCUGACUCCCAAACCACCUCGUUCAACGAAUCCCGCCUCGGCCUCGCAAGCGACGGGUCUAUCCAGCCUUGUGGCGACUGUCGUACGACAGAGUUGUUUGGGUUUGAAGUUUGCGAGACGGACUCGCAGCUUGCUUUUAAUGGAUUGAAAAACUCUGCACACUCUUUCUAUGGACAUGUUACAUACUCCAACGUAUCCCCCACCCAUCAGUGUCUCGCCGCAUCCCGUCUCCCGCGCGAAGGCUCUCCCCUCGCCUUGAGAGAGUGCGAGUAUGACUACGACAAUGCGGCUGCAUCGGGCCAGUACUGGCAGUGAGUCCCCCCCUCGCCUUCCUCCCCCAGAUUGUAGGAUGUGAUGCUUAUGAGAGUAUAGAAUUACGACCUAUACCGAUACCGUCAUCGCUAUGCUCGUCGAUGAACACGAGUGAGUCAUCUUCUCCCGCCCCAUCCCCUGCUUCCCUUUCAUUUUCUUCUAUCUCAGCCUUCACCGAAGACCGCCCGACUGACAAAGGGAAAUUCAACAGUUCAUACGGCCCCACACCCGAGUUGAACAACAACGGUUCUCUCGUCUUGUACGACCCGGUGGGCGCCAACAAGACGUUUACGUAUUUCGGGUUCAAGGCGCAAGAGUUCUAAGUCUCCAACUGUGCACCCCUGAGGGCGUAUCUGAUUGAUAUGGACAAUGUUUAGUAUGGGUUGAUCAUGACGGACAAUGUAAGAAGAGUAUAAUCUCGAUGCGAAUGUAUAUCCUUUCUCCAUCCCCG